AUGCGGCGAGUCUGGCUCUUGCACCGUAUCCUAGUCGUCGUGCUGCUCCUCGGUCCAAGAGUUGUCGGCCAGUCCUCGGCCUCGACACAGACCUUCUAUGGGUGCUAUAGCAGCGCCUCAGCCCCGGCAUACAACCUCUACUCGAGCUUCGUCUUCUUCGGCUGUACCGCAUCCCUCACCCUUAACCCGGCCGACGGCCUGGCAGGAGGCGUCAGAGGCCCAAUGACUGCCACGGCAUGCUGGGCCGGGUGUGCGGGGUUUCUUUACGCUUAUCUCCAAGGGACCCCGGAACCCACGUUCAACUGCUUCUGCGCUAACAACCAGCCAUUUACCUCCGGCGUUGGACUGUCGUGCGGCCCGUCCUCAUUCUACAUGUACUCGCACACCCCUGCUCAGGCGGCCUCCCACCUGGCUAGGAGGAAGCAGCGCUUACUGCAGAUCGACGCUGAGCGGGUGCUGGUGGAUAACCCUUACUGCCCGGUUGGAUUGGAGAGCUGCCGUGUCUACCCCGACCUGAGGGACGAGUCGUAUGAGUGCAUUAGGACAGACACGGAGCUCGAGUCGUGCGGUGGAUGUCGGUAUGGCCGCUACGGGCCGGGAGCUACGAACAUGACGACAGCGCCUGGCGUAGACUGUACCGCCCUCCCUGGUGUUCGUUUCGGCGCCGUUACCUGUCGACAAGGCCAGUGUGUCAUCUCCGGCUGCCGCUACGGCUUCCGCCUGCGCAACAACGCCUGUCUACCCACCACUCAGGCAAAGGUCCGCAGUGUUUGA